AUAAAAUGGUAAUGUGAAGGCAAUCACUCCUUAUUCAUCGCAUCAUUUAUAAUCACACUGAAACCCUACGACGUCGUAUUCACGGAACCCCACCGACCACCGGCGCACCACCGCAACACCGUUUUCCUCCGCCGUUGACUCCGAUUUCAGGAAUUUGAGCUUCCGGAGAUGAGUUCGGAUUCUCCUGAUUCGUCAAAUCCUCAGGAUAUCAAAUCUGCGGAAACAAAAAUGUCAACUUCAAUGCAAUCUGCACCAGAUAAUUCUGAACAUGAUGCACCUUCUAAUUUUUCGGCUUCUGGCAUUUCAACUUGGGCGAAAAAUCUUAAAAUUUCCAAGCCAUUUGUUGGGUCCCAGGAAGCAUCACCGACUGGAGACUCUGUGAAGUCUCCGUUUUCACGUCUCACUAGUGGGUUUGGGUUGCGCUCAUCCCCAAAAUCUCCUCAGUCAGAAGGAAGCUCAGCUGAACCUUCACCAACUGCGCAAUCAGGUUUUAUUGGAACUAUAACGAAAGGAUUGGUUGACUCGUCCAAGAAUGCAGUGAAGGCUGUGCAGGUUAAAGCUCGGCAUGUUGUAUCCCAAAAUAAACGAAGAUAUCAGGAAGGAGGAUUUGAUUUAGAUAUGACUUACAUCACGGAGAAUAUUAUUGCUAUGGGCUUCCCUGCUGGUGAUAUGAGCUCUGGAUUUUUUGGUUAUGUUGAGGGAUUUUAUCGGAACCACAUGGAGGAAGUAAUCAAGUUCUUUGAAACUUACCACAAGGACAAGUACAAAGUGUACAACCUUUGUUCUGAAAGAUUGUAUGAUGCAUCCUUAUUUGAGGGAAAGGUGGCUAGUUUUCCUUUUGAUGAUCAUAACUGCCCUCCUAUUCAACUAAUCAUAUCAUUUUGCCAAAGUGCAUAUUCAUGGUUGAAAGAAGAUAUUGAGAAUGUGGUGGUUGUGCAUUGUAAAGCUGGAAUGGCUAGGACCGGAUUGAUGAUUUCCAGUCUUCUUCUGUAUCUGAAGUUCUUCCCUACUGCUGAAGAAUCAAUUGACUACUACAAUCAGAAAAGGUGUACUGAUGGGAAAGGGCUUGUUCUGCCUAGUCAGAUUAGAUAUGUCAAGUAUUUUGAACGGAUUUUGGCAUAUUUCAAUGGAGAAAAUCAGCCAGGUCGUAGAUGCAUGCUUAGAGGAUUUCGGCUGCACAGAUGUCCAUACUGGAUUAAACCUUCCAUCACAGUCUCUGACCAUAAUGGUGUUCUCUUUUCAACAAAGAAGCAUCCAAGAACCAAAGAUAUGUCGCCUGAAUCUUUUUGGUUCAAUGCGCCAAAGAAAGGGAUAACGGUAUUUGCACUUCCUGGGGAGCCUGGCCUGACGGAGUUGUUGGGCGAUUUCAAAGUCCAUUUUCAUGAUCGUAAUGGGGAUUUCUAUUGGUAUAAUUAGUUCAUUGAUUGAAAAUCGAAAAGUAUUAAACACGGGCGAUCUUGACGGCUUUGACAAGAGAAAACUGCCAUCCCCCGGCUUCCAAGUCGAGAUCGUGCUUGUUGACUAUAACACUGCAACCAACAUACCAAAACCCCCAUCAGAAACCACCUCCGACGAAUCAGCCCAGACCCCAGGCCCAGAUUCAGCCCAACCCAAUCCAGGCCCAACCGACCCACCAGCCCAAACAAAGAACGCAAAGAAAGAUAAAGAUGACGAGUUCUCAGACAGUGAAGGCGAGGACAAUGGGUCCUCCAAAUCCAAACACACCGAGACCUCCUCUCAAAACAUCACCACAACAAACGACUCCAAGGCCGAUUCACAACAAAUUGAUGACCUGGCACGUAAAACCGAGCAAGCCUCGCUAGGUAGCUCGGGUCCUCCUAAGCCCACCGAGCAGAAGAAGGAAUCUGGGCCGUCCGAUCCAGCUGUGGAGGUGAGUGAAUUCAAAGCAAUGGCUGCAGAUGCAUCGGUUUUCUCCUUCGGGGAUGACGAAGAUUACGAAAGCGACUGAAAGGGGAUUGGAGGAAUCUCAUGGGUUUGGGACUUUAUGUUUAUCUAGAGCCUUUCGUGUUGUUACUGUCUCCCAUGUCGAUUUCUGGCAUUCACGGUCAACUUCUCGAAGUCACAGUUGUUGCUUGUAAUAAACUGAAAGACACCGAGUGGAUUUCUAGGCAAGAUCCCUACGUUUGUCUCGAAUAUGCUAGCAGUAAACAUCGGACUCGUACUUGUACAGAUGGAGGUAAAAACCCUACGUUUCAAGAGAAAUUCGUGUUUACCUUGAUAGAAGGUCUAAGAGAGAUCUCUGUUGUGGUUUGGAACAGCAACACUAUCACUUUCGACGAUUUUAUCGGAAGUGGAAAGAUUCAGUUGCAGAAAGUUCUGUCUCAGGGUUAUGACGAUAGCUCAUGGCCUCUUCAGGAUAAAAGAGGAAGUACAAUCAAGUUGUAUCUCUCGUUUAAGUUGAUAAUGUUGAAUGUUGUAAUUUUCCUUGAUAGAUUUCCAUUUCGCAAGUAA